GUGUAGUUUUCCGCUUCCAUAAACAAGACGAAUGCCAGAGUUUGCCGCCAGUCCUGUGCGCCUCUGGGCUGAGUCUCCCUCUGAGGGAGACACACAUACGGACAGAGAAAGUGAGCAAAGGACGAGAGAGGGGGGAAAGUGACAGAACAGGAAAGAGGGGAGGCAGAAGACAGGAAAACCCAUCAGAGGAAAAGAGAGACGAGCAAGAACUGACAGAAGAGGAGGAGAAGGGAGAAGAAGAGAGAGUAAAAAGACAGACUGGAGUGAGUAGCAGUCUCUCUUCUUCUCCUUGAAGUCAUGGCCGAGAACAACACAAAUCUCUUUUUGGAAAUACUUCAGUCUUUUGAUGCUGUCCCUCUGAUCAUAGCUUUCUUUGUGUCCAUGGCGGUGGGCCUGGUCUUGGGUGCCCUGGUUUAUGUACUCUUGACCUGGAUGUCCCGACGCAGAGCAGGCUCUGCCAGCAUCACCCGCCGCCCUCCUCGCCAAUCGCGCACGUCUCCCCGCAACCGUCCGGGCUUUAACCGCAACAGCAGCUACGACAGGCGCAGCAACAACAGUUUGGUCAGCGCUGCUUUCAGCUUCCACCGCCAAACUUCCUCCCCAGAUCACCUCGACCCACUGGGGCACAAAUCAAGCUUCAGGGCCUCCACCUUCCACCCUCUCCUCCAGUGCAGCCAAAUUGCACGAGAGGCAGAGGAGGGGAGCCAAACGACGCUUCCUCGUACGCCAACACUGACCACAUCAACUGGAUCGGCUCAAACAGCAGCCCAGCCAGCUGCCACCCCACCCAGACCUGAGUCAUUUUGGGGGAACAAUGGCCUGAGGGGUUUCCAUGCAACACAGACCCCACCUCCAGCUUAUGAGAGCAUUAUUAGAGCUUAUCAGGAAACUUGCACCUGAGAGGAGUGGAAGCACCUGGCUAAAUGAGCCCAGAGCUGUACAUGGAUUUAAAAAUUAUAUUGGACUGGAUCUGUUUUGAUUUAUAUGACCAGGUAGAGUGGAGUGAACAAGGGCACUAAGUCAAUUUUGUGUGCUGCUUAACACAAUAACACUCUGAAUCAUCAAUUAGUUUUGUAUGUCUGUUGGUAUGUUAAUGUAUAUCUGGUGUUGACAUAAGCAUACUUGCCUUUCAUCAUUCAAUACUUUGAAAAAUAUUUAACCUUUGUCUAUUGAUACUCUUAACAAUUAGGCAAUGGCUGCUUAUGACCAGAAAUUAUUCUGCUUAAAAAUAAGCAGUUUGUAUUUUGUGGUGAUUGACAUCCGUGUAUGCUAUUUUUGUUUAAUUCAGACAAGGCAAAAGUCUACAAAUGCACACUAGUGACUGGGCAAUGCUGCAAGGCAAGAUGUCUCCUGUGUCCCUGCUGAUUAACUAAUAACUAUGCAAAAGAGAGAAUGAUGACGUGUACCCCAAAGGAAGACGAAUGUUUGUGUGCUGACUUGUUACUAAUAAGUUGUGUCAUUGACACAUCUAUGCAAAACCUGGUGGAGACAGCUAUAAACUUGUUUGAUGUUAUAUUGCUGUCUCACACGUGUUUUUUACAGGGCUGUGGUAUGUUGGUGAGUGUGGCAUUUAAAGUAAUUAAGUGUGUCUGUGUCUGCAUGUAUAGUACUGUAUGUGUGAGAGAGACAAGAAAAGUAGGGCAUUAGGUGUCAGAAGUUUUUGUAUUAUAUAUUUGAAUGUAAUUUACUGAACUCAUAAGUUAAUGCAAUAAAAGCUGCAAUCAAAA